AUGCCAAAUAUUGCAAGGUUGGUAGAGAGUGAUGGAAGGUAUAUUGCAAUUGAUAAAGAAGCAGGUUUCAGUGUUGAACAGUGGAACAGUUGUGCAGUGCACAGUGCUGUGCUUAAAACACAUAAAUGUUUGCAUGUUGGAGAUUCUUCUGAGACUCCCAACAUGGCUGAUCUGAUAGAUAUCAGCUUGUUGCUUGAUGGGGCAGAGGAGGAGACAAUGGAUGGAGGCAAUUUAGAGAUUGGUGAGAUGAUUGACUUAGGAAUUCUAGACCCAGUACCAAUCCCAACUGAUGUUACAACUGAGACUACAUCCACUACCCAAAAUACAAGUACCACUCAAAACACAACAACUGUUGUUGAGCCAACACCUCCAGUUGACCCAGCUCAGAGUUCUCAGAGCCAAAUCAAUGCUUUUGGUAAAGCUCCUCGUCCCAAAAAGUCUGUUGUUCAUGUUGAGAUAGUUCUUGUUGAGAUGCCAGAUGGUGUCAAGAAGUGGAAAUGCAAAUGGUGUGGUAAGCUUUAUACUUAUGACACUAAAUGGAAAGGCACUUCUAAUGGUAAAAAAACACUUAGAAAAUUGCAUCCAAAGGAAGCUGAGGAUGAGAGGGUUAGAGAGGUUGCAGCUCAUAUGAUUCUAGGGCAUGAAUUUUCUUUUUCUGUUAUGGAAGGUGUGAUUUUUAAUGAAUUCCUUAAAGAGAUUUAUCCUUGGUACAAAAAGAUUAGUAGACAUCAGGUUAAGUUGGAUUGUGAAACAUUUUAUGAAGCUGAGAGAGUUAAGAUGAAAAGUUCAAUGGCACAGAUUAACAGGAUCAGUCUUACAACUGACCUGUGGUGGUCUGGUGAACAAAGAAUUGGUUAUAUGACUGUGACUGGCCAUUUCAUUGAUUCAAAAUGGCAGCUUCAUAAAAGAGUUUUAUCUUUUAAGAAUGUUCCUCCACCACAUUCUGGUGAAGUUUUAUGUAGGGAAUUGAUUAAGGUGAUGGAUGAUUGGGGUAUAAGAGAUAAAGUUGUUUCUAUUUCAAUUGACAAUGCUAGUGCCAAAGAUAAUUGUAUUUCUAGAUUGAAGAGAGAUUUUUCUGGUAGGAGAAAUCUUCCACUGGAUGGAAAAUUGUUUCAUGUUAGAUGUUGUGCACACAUCUUAAAUCUGUUGGUUCAGGAUGGGCUUGAUAUGAUAAAGGUGAUUGUGGAUAAAGUUAGGAAUGGUGUCAAAUAUUUGUUGAAUUCUGAAACAAGGUGCAAAGCAUUCAAGAAAAUUGUUGAUGAGUUGCAACUUGAGGGCAGGAUAUAUGCUAAAGAAAAUGGAGCAUUUCUUAAUUUUUUGCCUGAUGCAAAUGAUUGGGAAGAUGUUCAUGAUAAAUGCAAGUUUUUGGAAGUUUUUGCUGAUGUGACAGGAAUUAUUAGUGGUACAUCUUACCCUACUGCUAAUUUGUUUUUGGCUGAGCUUUUCAGGGUGAAGGUUUUACUUGAUAACCCCUAUGAGAUCUCAAACAAUCCUCAGUUACAGGCCCUUGCUAAUGAGAUGAAGUUGAAGUAUGACAAGUAUUGGGCAGAGUCUAAUACAUUGAUUUCUAUUGUUGCAGUUCUUGAUCCAAGGUAUAAAAUGAUCUUCAUCAAAUGGGUAUAUCCCUUCUUGUAUCCAAAUGCUACUCAAGCAGCUUCCUAUGAACAAGAGUUGGCAACCAACUUACACACUCUAUUCCAAUUGUAUCAAGACACCUUUGGAGUUAAUGAUGCCCUUAUUUCUAAAACUCCUGAAGUAGGAAGUAGUUCUGGAUUAGGAAAGAGAAGUUUUGAGAGGUUUUUAGAAACUGUGGUUGUAUCUUGA